AUGGGAAUUCUUCGAGAUCCAGUCUUUAUUCAUCUCAUCGAUGUGUACCCACGUAUGUCUGUGUCUGUGUGCGUGGAUCGUGAAGUCAACUUAGAGCUCACAAGCGGCGCUUCCCAAAGCGGUUUCAAAGACGGUCUGGUGCCCGUGCGAUGCCGAGGAGCGCAGAGGUUCCAGGCGGAACCCAUUAACUUCACGGGCCGAAUCUCUCGACCGGAGAGCAUUCGAUUGCUGCGAUUACCACCAACCACACCUCGUGACGGAUGCGCCUCAGAUCGCACUGAUUAA